AUGGCCAGCCGCUCCUACCGCAUCAGCUCUGGCUGCAAUGUCCGCAAUUUCAGCUCCUGCUCGGCCGUCCUGCCCAAGCCUGGGGCUCACAGCUGUGUCAGUGCGGUAGCUUACCGAGGGGGCAGUCCUGGGGGGCCAGGCUACAGGCGCCUUAGCGGCUUCGGCAGCCGGAGCCUGUGCGCCGUGGGGUCCCCCCGGAUUGCAGUGAGCUGCAGCCGUCCCCUGAGAAGUGGUGGCAGCUUUGGUUACCGGGCAGGUGGCCUUUGUGGGCCCAGCCCUCCCUGCAUCACCACCGUGACAGUCAAUGAGAGCCUGCUCACGCCCCUCAACCUGGAGCUCGACCCCAACGCCCAGUGCGUGAAGCAUGAGGAGAAGGAGCAGAUCAAAUGUCUCAACAACAAGUUUGCAGCCUUCAUCGAUAAGGUGCGCUUCCUGGAGCAACAGAACAAGCUGCUGGAGACCAAGUGGCAGUUCUACCAGAAUCAGCGUUGUUGUGAGAGCAACCUGGAGCCGCUGUUCAAUGGCUACAUUGAGACGCUGAGGAGGGAGACUGAGUGUGUGGAGGCCGACAGUGGGAGGCUGGCCUCAGAGCUCAACCACGUGCGGGAGGCGCUGGAGGGCUACAAGAAGAGGUAUGAAGAAGAAGUAGCACUUAGGGCCACGGCUGAGAAUGAGUUUGUGGUGCUAAAGAAGGAUGUGGACUGUGCUUAUCUUCGCAAGGCAGACCUCGAGGCCAAUGUGGACACAUUAAGGGAGGAGAUUGGCUUUCUGCAGUCUCUCUAUCAGGAGGAAAUUUGUCUUCUUCAAUCACAAAUCUCUGACACUUCUGUAGUGGUAAAGAUGGACAACAGCCGAGAGCUCAACAUGGACUCGGUUGUGGCUGAGAUCAAAGCUCAAUAUGAUGACAUUGCCAGUUGCAGCAGGGCUGAGGUUGAGUCCUGGUACCAAACCAAGUGUGAGGAGAUGAAAACCACAGUGACCCAGCAGGGAGAGAACCUCCGCAGAACCAAGGAUGAACUCAACGAGCUGAACCGUCUGAUUCAGAGGCUGACGGCUGAGGUGGAGAACGCCAAGCAGCAGCGCUGCAAACUGGAGGCCGCAGUUGCUGAUGCAGAGCAGCAGGGUGAGGCAGCCCUCAACGAUGCCCGCUGCAAGCUGGCUGGGCUGGAGGAGGCCCUGCAGAAGGCCAAGCAGGACAUGGCCUGCCUGCUCAAGGAGUACCAGGAGGUGAUGAACUCCAAGCUGGGCCUAGACAUCGAGAUCGCCACCUACAGGCGCCUGCUGGAGGGCGAGGAGCACAGAUUAUGUGAAGGCGUGGGCUCUGUCAAUAUCUGUGUGAGCCGUUCCCAGGGUGGCGUGGUUUGUGGGGACCUCAAUUCCACAGUCUCACGUGGCUCAGGAAGCGUGGCCAUCAGCAGCAGCAGUCUCUCCUCUCCUUCUGUACUGGGGGGCUACCCCAGUGCAAGAUUGGUACGGUUUGCAUAG